CAGCCCCGGCAGCGUCGGUGGAACGCGGAGGGGGCGGAGGGAGUCCGCAGCGGCGGCGGCUGCAGUAGAGAAAUGGCGGAGACCGUGGCGGACACCCGGAGGCUUAUCACCAAGCCGCAGAACCUGAAUGAUGCCUAUGGGCCGCCUGGCAACUUCCUCGAGAUCGAUGUGAGCAACCCGCAGACAGUGGGGGUCGGCCGGGGCCGCUUCACCACCUACGAAAUCAGGGUCAAGACAAAUCUGCCUAUUUUCAAGCUGAAGGAAUCUACCGUUAGAAGAAGAUACAGUGACUUUGAAUGGCUGCGAAGUGAAUUAGAAGGAGAGAGCAAGGUUGUAGUUCCCCUGCUCCCUGGAAAAGCGUUUUUGCGUCAGCUUCCUUUUAGAGGAGAUGAUGGAAUAUUUGAUGAUAAUUUUAUUGAAGAAAGGAAGCAAGGACUGGAGCAGUUUAUAAACAAGGUCGCUGGUCAUCCUCUGGCACAGAAUGAACGUUGUCUUCACAUGUUUUUACAGGAUGAAAUUAUAGAUAAAAGCUAUACUCCAUCUAAAAUAAGACAUGCCUGAAAUUUGGUGAGAAGGGGCAAAAAAACAAAAAACAAAAAAAACAAAACAAAAAAAAACACACCUCUCCGUGACUAUUAAUGGUUCAUACGCACCAGUGAAGAAGUUCUAACUAACUCUCAGCAUGCCGCACAAAAACUGGUAUAACAUGCCCUUGGUAUACUAACAUCCAUACGCUCAGUUUGGUUUGGUUUGGUUUUGGCAGUUGACAAGAAGUUAAUUUGCUUUAGUGAAAAUCCCUCCGUCCAGCCUUUCUAUAUAAAUAGCUCUUCCUUGCUGUUUUAAUGUGGUCCCCACGAUCGCCUCGCAGACCUGUUACUCCAGUAUAACCCGCAGUGUCCUAACUAAAGUUACUGACUUGGUCUUAUCUGCACAGUUUUUGUGUCCUGUUUGCUUCUUGAAUCUGAUUAACUAGAAUAUUUCUCUUAUCCUUUUUAAUAUGUGAUGUCCCUUGACCUAAUUUAUGUGUAGAAGCACUACACCAUUGGUUUCCAGUCCCCUGUGUGUAAGAUACACACUUGUGUGCAGAAAGUCUCCCUUCAGGCUUGUAAUACCCUUCGCGUGGAAGAUUAAUGAGGGAAAUCUUUAUAUUCUGUAUAAAAACAAAAUCAAA